GAAGUCAUCCCCGCCGCGUUCCCUUUCGCCACGUUUCUCGGUUGGGUUAUUGCACCACGUUCAAGUACACCAAGGACGAGCAGCAUUGCCGGUCUGGAAAACGCCGCUGUCCCCAACACCACUGCCAUUGGUGUUCGUGGGGUGUCAAUGUACCGCUGCACUUUAGCGUCUUAUACCCGUAGUAGGUUCUCAAGGCUGGCGCCAAGAUGGCGGACGACGAGGAGGCCACGCUCGGGUCCCACAUGCUAGACUUGUCGGAUAUUGGUGGGAAGGGUGACUCAGCGGGAAACGGGAGGGCCGGUCGCGGUGAAGCCGAAGAAACGCCGUUGAAGGUUGAAGAAGAUGGGAGGAGUGAUCUCGCCGACCUCUCAGCAGGGGCUGGUGCAAGAAGGAAGAAGGGCGGGAAAUCUGAAAGCGGCCAUAGCAGGGGUUCGGCGACCCCGGCCUCCAAACCGCCAUCACCUGCACCUUCGGCGCAGGCGGAUGCGGUUAGGGUCACUGCCAAUAUGGAAAAAGUGGUCAGUGCCGACCAAACACCAACAAGGACUUCCUACGAAGCUGCUCGACCCAAUCGAUCUCCGACAGGACGAGGAAACUUGAAAGUGGACUUGAGGCCGCCAUCUGUACCUACUCACAUUCCGACGCAGUCGGCUAGGACCGCCGGUGUGCGGAAUACGCCCAUCUCCCCACCUCGGAGGGCAUCAUACCAGGUCCGCACCCCUGCCGAAAACCGGUACCUCUCGCAUAAGCAUUAUGGCGCAUUCCAAAAGAUGGCGUCUGGACAGUCUCUCUUGGAUGGAAAGUCUUUCUGGAGGAGCAUUCUCAGCGGAGACCGGCUUCCGCAGCCGGCGAAUAGGUUAGAGUCCUGUCGUGCAGUGGGAGCGAAGCGUAAGGGUGUGCGAUGAUCUGACGUGCACCGGUUUCACGUCAGUCAGGAAGCAUUCGAUUUGGAGAUGUUGAACUUGCUGGUGGGCGAAGGCAUAUGUAUGUAAACACCCGCUUCCAAGCAACAUGCACCGUCACUUAUGCAGCAUUUAGCCAAGACGAACUCUGUGACUACCAACUUUAGCGUCUUACUCCUGCACCUGCUCAGUCAUAUGCGGCACAUGAGAGUGAUGGCCUAUGAAGGGUAAAUUCAUUCUUCAAAAGCAAGGCGUCCCGCUG